AUGACAAUCGGUUGCUCUAGGGAGGAAGCUAAGAUCAUGAUCCGCUCUGAGAAUCCUGAUCCAAUGAGUGAAGUCUUACCCAGAGAUGAUAACUCCUACAUAGACUCAUUCAAUGAUGACCCUGCAGCACUUAAUGAAGAAAAUCCGACAGCAUCUUUGAAUAAUAAUCCUCCUACAUCUACCCCAGUGGCUGAAUUCGUUAGAAUGAAUGAUGAUGCAGGCCAGGGUGCAAAGGGUUGCUCAUCCCUCUCUAAGAUUGCUAAGUCUGUUGGUGACAGCGGAUUGUCUGAGAAAUUGGUCGUUGUCGAUGAGCUGUCUGAGCUUGGCCUCAAACUUAGUGGUGUUAUGACUGCCGAAUCGUGCGAACUAUACAGUAUCUUAUCUGCGUUGAAGUUUAUGAGAGCCUCUCAAUUGAGUAAGGUUAUCAUUGUAUCUGAUUCGAGAUCUUCGUUAAGUUGUAUUAAAGAUAGAUUUCUGGGUAUGAAACCACAUCCUACCAUACUCAAGAUAGUUAGAAUCACUCUUGAAUUGAUUAAUGAGGGUCGCCUUGUUCAAUUUUUGUGGGUUCCGUCACAUAAGGGUAUCAAGGGUAAUGAGAUAGCUGAUAAAUUGGCCAAGGAAGCCUAUAAAUUACCUAUUGCUGCAGUUAUGCAAACACUGAGUGUUACUCGUAAAUCUGUUCUCCUAUUGGGUUUAUGA